AUGGUCGUGAUGCGAAUGCAGAACGUGAGUAAGGAACUCAGGGAACUGGGGGACGCAGAUGCGCCACAGUCCAUGAAGGCGGAUGUGCAGGGAACUCGAAAAACAGGACACUUCGAGGGAAGGCGCAGACUGCGUGCUGUGUCGUCGACGGCGGCGCGGGCGAAUUCCGGCGAGCUCGCGAUAGUUGGAAGCGGACCGCGAGAGCGGGAAGCCGCGCUCGCUUCUGCGCAGCAGCUCUUCUGGGACCUCCGGACUUGGCACAAAGUGCUGCCGGAUGCUGCAAUGUUCACAGUAAUCAUGAAAAUGCAUGCAAGGAAAAAGGAAGCAGCAAAAGCUUUCGCUUUGCUGCAGGACAUGCUGCAGUCCCAAGUCCUCCCCACAGAUCUCACUUACACAGAACUUCUUGCUGCAUGCGCAGCAGCAAAGUCCCACUGCCGCGAGGCCUUCCGCGUCUUCGACCAGUUGCGAGCAUCAGCGGCGCCGAUGAAGCUUCGAAGCUUGGAGUCGUUGGAGAUGGGUGAGAGCUUGAUGAUCCGUGAAAGCCGUCACCUUGGAGACACGGAGCAAGUGCGCCCACUUGUCCAGCGCCGUGACCAACGCCAAGAGUUCCUGAUCGUAGAUGUCUCUGUUGCGUGGGGUUCAUGA